AUGUCUGGAGAUGAAGAAGCAAAACAAACCAUGGAGGAAGCUCAAGUCUCAGGUCCCAAACUACAUGAUUGUAUUAAAAGAAUGGGUUACUAUUGGCUAACCAUGUUUAUUGAGCAAAGUGGUCCCAAGUCCAAACGUGAUUGGCAUGAAAGAAUAGGGGAAGCUUUAUGGGCAUACAGAACGACAUAUAAAUCAGCAACACAAUCAACCCCAUACUCGUUGGUGUAUGGCGUUGAGGCAGUUCUCCCCCUGGAACUUCAAAUUCCAUCAUUGCGAAUUGCCAUACAGGAAGGCUUGACGUCUGAUGAAAAUGAUAAACUCCGACUUGCUGAGUUGGAGGCGCUUGACGAAAAAAGACUCCAAGCACAACAAAAAUCUGAGUGCUACCAAGCUCGCCUGUCGCGCGCUUUCAAUAAGAAAGUUCGACCUCGCUCCUUUCAAGUUGGAGACAUGGUCCUAGCAAUUAAGAGACCCAUCAUUAUAUCUCGCAAGACGGGAAGUAAAUUCAGUUCUAAAUGGGAUGGUCCAUACGUUGUCAAAGAGGUGUACACUAAUGGGGCCUAUAAAAUUGUUGACGCUGACGGAUUACGGGUGGGGCCUAUCAACGGCAAGUUUCUGAAGCGCUACUACUCAUGA